AUGAAUAUGAAAACAUUACCUUUAGGUGUGUCUUUUAUCUCUAGACGCUCAAAAUACUUAAGAUCAUUUUCAAGUAAGCUAAAGAGGCAAAGUAUACAAAGACCACUUUAUUUUGAUUAUCAAGCUACUACCCCAGUUGAUCCACGUGUUUUGGAUAAGAUGCUUCCUUUAUACACCGAGCUGUAUGGGAAUUCACAUUCUAGAACACAUGGCUAUGGUUGGGAAACGGAAGAUUUGAUUGAGAAUGCAAGAGAUGAAGUUGCAAAAUUAAUAAACUGUCUUUCAAAAGAAGUUAUUUUUACUUCUGGAGCUACUGAAUCCAACAAUACCAUUAUACGUGGAGUUUGUGAAAACUAUGGUAAUAUAAAGGAAGGUAGGAAUCAUAUAAUUACUACUCAGAUUGAGCACAAAUGUGUGUUAUCCACACUUCGUGAAUUGGAGUUGAAGGGCUUUAAAGUAACAUAUCUUGAAGUGGAUAGAGAUGGUUUAUUGUCACUAAAAGAUCUAGAAAGUGCAAUUGAAAGUGGGAAGACUAUUUUAGUAUCUGUUAUGUUCGUAAAUAAUGAAAUUGGGGUUAUACAAUCUAUGGAGUCUAUAGGUGAAGUAUGUAGAAAACAUGGUGUACUAUUUCAUAGUGACGUGGCCCAAGGGUUAGGUAAACUACAAAUAGAUGUAAAUAAGUGGAAAGUAGACUUUCUUUCUAUGUCAGGUCACAAAAUAUAUGGUCCCAAAGGUAUAGGAGCAUUCUACAUUCGUAGCAAACCUAGAAGAAGGAUUAAACCCUUAAUUUUUGGAGGAGGGCAAGAACGAGGGUUUCGUUCGGGUACUUUAGCAGUCCCACUUGUAGUUGGUUUUGGGGAGGCAUGCCGCAUAGCUAAUGAUGAGAUGGUCCGUGAUAGUAUUCAUGUGAAGAAGUUGUACCAUAAACUUUAUCAUGGGAUUCAAUCACAGGUACCCAAUAUUAAGCUUAAUGGUUCAUCAAUUCAUCGUUGUUUUAACAAUCUUAACUUAAGCUUUGCGGGAGUUGAAGGUGAAUCUUUGUUAAUGAAACUUCAAUCUUUAGCACUAUCCUCAGGUAGUGCUUGCACCUCAGCAUCGCUAGAGCCUUCAUAUGUACUAAGAGCAAUUGGAGUAGAUGAAGAAACAGCUCAUACAUCUAUUAGGUUUGGAUUAGGUAGGUUUACAACUCCUUCAGAAAUUGAUUUAGCAGUAGAUGAGGUAGUAAAAGCAGUUUCAUCGCUUCGAAAUAUGUCACCAAUAUGGGAUCAGAUAAACAGUACAAACUCAUCUGAUAUUUCGGGUCCUAUUUGGACAUAA